AUGGACAUCGAGGGCGGCCAGAAAACGCCGCCGGCGUCGACCCCCACCCCGACCGCCGCCUCUCGUUCCCCGAUUUCCCGCCUCAACGCCUACGCCGCCGGCACACGCGUCGGCAAGCGCUUCAAGCUAGCCGAGCGCGGCACCACCCUCACCACCGAGCUCCGCGCCGGCACCGCCACCUUCCUCACCAUGGCCUACAUCCUUGCCGUCAACGCCUCCAUCCUCUCCGACUCCGGCGGCACCUGUUCCGUGUCCGACUGCACCCCCCUCUGCCCCUCCUGCCCCCCGCCGGACCCCUCCUGCCGCUUCCCCCCCGUCAAUCCCGGCUAUGCCGCCUGCGUGGAGCGCACGCGCCGCGACCUCAUCGUCGCCACUGCCGCCGCCUCCCUCAUCGGGUCCGCCAUCAUGGGCCUCUUUGCCAACCUCCCCCUCGCCCUCGCCCCCGGCAUGGGCGCCAAUGCCUACUUCGCCUACACCAUAGUCGGCUUCCACGGCUCCGGCACCCUCUCCUACCGGAGCGCCCUUGCCGCCGUCUUCGUCGAGGGCCUAAUAUUCCUCUUAAUCUCCGCCAUCGGCCUCCGCGCCAAGCUCGCCCAAUUGAUCCCCAAACCCGUCCGGAUCUCCGCUGCCGCCGGCAUCGGACUCUUCCUCGCCUUCAUCGGACUCCAAAACGAUCAGGGCAUCGGCCUAAUCGGGUACAGCCCAUCCACUCUGGUCACCCUCGGCGGCUGCCCGCGGUCAGCCCGGGCAGCCCUCGCCCCCGUCCUCACCUUCCCAAACGGCACCGUCUCCCUCCUCCCCGGCGCCACCGUCUCAGGCAACAUACUCUGCCUCAGCGGCCGCAUGGAGAGUCCCACCCUCUGGCUCGGGAUAGUCGGAUUCGUAAUUAUAGCCUACUGCCUGGCGAAAAACGUUAAAGGGGCCAUGAUUUAUGGCAUCCUCUUCGUCACGGCUGUCUCCUGGUUCAGAAACACUGCCGUGACGGCGUUCCCCGACACCGCCGCUGGCGACUCUGCUUUCGACUACUUCAAGAAAAUCGUCGACGUCCACAAAAUCGAAAACACCGCCGGCGCUCUGAGCUUCAGAUCCAUCGGUGAAGCCCGAUUUUGGGAGGCCGUCGUCACCUUCCUGUACGUCGACAUCCUAGACACAACCGGAACUCUGUACUCCCUGGCGAGGUUCGCCGGAUUCGUUGACGAGAGCGGCGGCGGCGAGUUCGAGGGGCAGUACGCGGCGUUCAUGUCGGACGCGUCGGCAAUCGUGGUGGGGUCGCUGCUGGGGACGUCGCCGGUGACGGCGUUCGUGGAGUCUUCGACGGGGAUAAGGGAGGGGGGGAGGACGGGGCUGACGGCGGUGACGGCAGCCGGGUACUUCUUCCUGGCGCUAUUCUUCACGCCGGUGCUGGCGUCGAUACCUGCGUGGGCGGUGGGGCCGGCGCUGGUGGUGGUCGGGGUGGUGAUGAUGAGGGCGGUUGCGGAAGUGGACUGGGGGGACGUAAGGGAGGCUGUGCCGGCAUUCUUGACGAUGAGCCUCAUGCCUUUGACUUACUCCAUAGCCUAUGGGCUGAUUGCUGGUAUUGGAAGCUACGUCGUUUUGCACAUUGGGGAUUGGGCGUGGGGGCUUUUUAGUAAAUAUCGAGGUAUAGGUAUUGGUGGGAAUGUUAAUAAUAAUAGUAAUGUCAUUGUUGUUAAUGAUGAUUAUGAGGAAAAUAAUCAAAUUAAUGGUAGAGGUAAUGAUAGUGUGUAG